AUGUCGGACUCAACCGAAGAAAUCCCAACGAUGAAAGAGGUGGAAAAAGGUGUCGAAGUGACAGUGUCCAGCGAUGUGGUGGACCCUGAAGACACACCAUUGGGCGAAGACAACGUCCGAGCUUGGCUAACCGUUCUCGGAUCCUCGCUUGUCUACUUUGCCUCUUUCGGUGUUACGAACAGCUUCGGCUUCUUCCAGGACUACUACCAGACGCACUACCUUCCCGAGUACCCACCCUCCACUAUCGCCUUUAUCGGGACACUGCAGAUAUCACUCAUGUACGUGGUAGCGCCAAUUGCUGGUGCUUUAUCCGACAUUUUUGGUCUGAAGUGGAUCUACCCUGCCGCCGCCUUGGGCUGUUGCGGCUCACUCAUCGGACUAUCUUUCUCCCAGCCCGGAGUCUUAUGGCAACCGUUUGUGUUUCAGGGCGUUCUGUUUGGUAUCGCCGUGGCUUUCAACACCCAACCCGCCUUGGCAGUAGUAGGCCAGCAUUUCAAACAGCGCCGGGCGCUCACCAUGGGCAUCGUGUCGGGCGCCAGCAGCAUCAGCGGCUCUUUGCUACCUAUCAUGCUGUCGUACCUCGUUCCCAAGAUUGGCUUCGGCUGGGCCGUGCGUGUCGUCGCCCUUCUACUGCUCGUCUGUUACCUCGUUGCCAUGGCCGUUUCACGCACGAAAGAAGCCCCCAAGCCGCCGACAACAUCCAUCGUGUCUAGCCUUCUCGACUUCAACGGAUACAAAGACCCGCGCUAUCUUGUGCUGGCUAUUGGAAACUUCGUGGCCACCCUCGGUCUUUACGUUCCGAACUACUACAUCGGAUCUUACGCAUUACUUCGUUACCCCUCUGCUUCUAUUCACAGUUACCUCCUUCCGGUUCUUAAUGGCUCGAGCUUCUUCGGACGGAUCCUUGGUGGCUGGGCUGCCGACCAGACCGGCCGUCUGAACCUCCUCUACCCGAUGACGAUCCUGUCUGGAGUAUUGAGUUUCGCACUGUGGCUGCCCGAUCAGGGUAUUGCCAUGAUCAUGGUGUUUGCUUGCCUUUACGGAUUUACUUCGGGUGUCUUUAUCAGCGUCACUCCUCCUGCCGUUGCUCAGAUUCUGCCGGAUGAUAAGAUCGGUGCCAGGAUUGGCGCAUUCUUUACACUUACGGCGUUGGCGACCCUCAUGGGUUCGCCCAUUGCCGGAUGUCUUCUUGAUGAGAGCUCGCCUGAUGGUUACACGAACAUGAUACUCUUUACGGGCGUGACGCUUGUUGUUGGCGGCGGCCUUCUUUUUCUUGGACGCUGGCUUUGCGACAAAGAUUUGCGGAAGAAACUAUAA